GCCGAGCGAGGCCGAAAUGCGGGGAGCAGCGCCCGGCGCCCGCCGCCUCCUGCCCGUCGCCUGCUGCCUCCUGGCCCUGCACGCAGGCUUGCUGCAAGGCGUGAACAUCACGAGCCCGGCGCCGCUGGUGCGCGGCACGGCGGGCAAGGCGGCGCUGCUCUCGGUGCGCUACAGCAGCGCCAGCGCCGACAAGCCCGUCGUCAAGUGGCAGCUCAAGCGCGACAAGCCCGUCACCGUGGUGCAGUCCAUCGGCACCGAGAUCAUCGGCAACCUGCGGCCCGACUACCGCGACCGCAUCCGCAUCCUGGAGAACGGCUCGCUGCUCAUCAGCCCACUGCAGCUGGCCGACGAGGGCACCUACGAGGUGGAGGUGUCCAUCACCGAUGACACCUUCACCGGCGAGAAGACCAUCAACCUCACCGUGGACAUCCCCGUGUCGAAGCCGCAAGUGGUGGUGGCCUCCUCGACGGUGCUGGAGCUGAGCGAAUAUUUCACCCUCAACUGCUCGCACGAGAACGGCACCAAGCCCAGCUACACGUGGCUCAAGGACGGGCGGCCGCUGAGCAACGACUCGCGCCUGCUGCUCUCGCCCGACCACAAGGUGCUCACCAUCACCCGCGUCCUCAUGGCCGACGACGACGUCUACAGCUGCCUCGUGGAGAACCCCAUCAGCCAGGGCCGCAGCGGCCCCGUCAAGCUCACCGUCUACCGCCGCAGCUCCCUCUACAUCAUCCUCUCCACGGGCGGCAUCUUCCUCCUCGUCACGCUGGUGACCGUCUGCGCCUGCUGGAAGCCCUCCAAAAAGGCCAAGCGGGCGGCAGAGGCGCCCGGCGCCGCCGACUUCGCCAAGCAGGACAACGAGCAGCUCAAGCAUGAGGCCGAGGCGCUGGCGCGCGCUGCCGAGCCCGACCGCAAGAGCCCCAUGGCCCUCUACAUCCUCAAGGACGCCAAGGACGCGCCGGAGGCCGAGGAGGAACCGGAGGCGACGACGGCCCCGGCGGCGGCUUACGCGGCGGCCGGCCGCUCGCCCGGCGCCCCGGCCCGCUCGGCCCGCCGCUACCCGCGCUCGCCGGCGCGCUCGCCCGCCGCCCCCCGGGCGCCCCGCUCGCCGCCGGGUUCGCCGGCGCGCUCCCGCGCCGCCCCGCGCCUCCUGCGGACUGCCGGCGUCCACGUCGCCCGCGAGCAGGAGGAGGCAGCGGCCGCCGCCGUGGAGAUCAGCGCCUGAGCAGCGGGGCCUCUCGGGGGGGGGGGACACGCGCGACGGGGACACGCGCGCGAGCGCGCAGGCCGAGGGCCCCGCGGGGGUGGCCCGCGGCGUAAAGUCACUAAUUCGCUAUUGAUCCCGGCCACGUGCGCGCGUGGGCCCCCCCCCCCCCCGCUCGCCCGCCCGCCCCCGCUCGUCCCCUCCUCUUCGUCGGCUGGCCGCGCGCGCGCGCCGGCGCGGGGCUGGGGCGCGCGGAGAGACGGGCACGGCGCGUGCAAGAGGAUGGGCAUGGAGCGUGCAAGAGAGCGUGCAUGGAGUGUGCAAGAGAGUGUGCAUAGAGCAUGCAUAGAGAGUGUGCAUGGAGUGUGCAGAGAGAGCGUGCAUGGAGUGUGCAAGAGAGUAUGCGUGGAGCAUGCAUAGAGAGUGUGCAUGGAGUGUGCGGAGAGAGCGCGCAUGGAGCGUGCAAGAGAGUAUGCAUGGAGCAUGCAUAGAGAGCGUGCAUGGAGCAUGCAAGAGGGUAUGCAUGGACCAUGCAUAGAGAGUGUGCACAGAGCGUGCAGAGAGAGCGUGCAUGGAGUGUGCAGAGAGUGCACGGAGCGUACGGAGACAGCGUGCACGGAGUGCACAAGAGAGUAUGCAUGGAGCUUGCAGAGAGAGCGUGCAUGGAUCAUGCAUAGAGAGCGUGCAGAGAGAGCGUGCAUGGAGUGUGCAGCGAGAGUGUGCAUGGAGCGUACGGAGAGAGCGUGCAUAGAGUGUGCAAGAGGACAUGCACAGAGAGUGCGGAGAGAGCAUGCACUGAGCAUGCAAGAGGGUGUGCAUCGAGCGUGCAGAGAGAGUGUGCAUGGAGCAUGCGAGAGGGCGUGCAUGGUGCACGCAGAGAGAGCGGGAACAGAGCAUGCAAGAGAGUGUGCAUGGAGCGCGCGGAGAGAGUGAGCCUCGAGUGCACAAGAGGGCGUGCAUGGAGUGUGUGGAGAAUGCAGGCACGGAGCAUGCAAGAAGGCAUGUAAGGAGCACGCAGAGAGUGAGCACGGAGCAUGCAAGGGGGCAUGCACGGAGCACGCAGAGAGAGCAUGCAACACAGCAUGCAUGGAGCAUGGGGAGAGAGCGUGCACGGAGCAUGCAAGGGGGCAUGCACGGAGCAUGCAGAGAGAGUGUGCAACACAGCAUGCAUGGAGCAUGGGGAGAGAGCGUGCACGGAGCAUGCAAGAGGGCAUGCGUGGAGCACACGGCCUGCGUGUGCAUGAAGUGUGCUCGGAACAUGCCUGGAGCAUGCAAGAAGAGAACAUGCACGGAGCACACAGAAAGAGCAUGCAGGGAGAGUGUGCACGGAGUGUGCAUGGAGCAUUUGCGGAGCGUGCAGAGUGAGCAUGCAUGGAACAGGCAGAGGGAGCCUGCAUGGAGUGUGCAAGAGAGCGUGCUCGGAGCGUUUGGAGGCAGCACGCACCGAGCGUGCACAGAAAGCGUGCCCAAAGCUUGCAGCGUGAGCAUGCAUGGAGCAUGCAAGGGGGCGUGCGCGGAGCGUGCAGAGAGAGCGUGCACCGCGCGUGCAAGCGGGCGUGCAGAGAGAGCGUGCACCGCGCGUGCAAGCGGGUGUGCCCGGAGCGUGCAGGCGGCGCGCUGCGGCGAGCACGGAGCGUGCAGAGGGAGCGCGCCCGGCGCCCGGCGGGGGAGCACGCGCCGAGCGCCCGCCUAAGACUUGGCACGGAGCAAGCGGCGAGAGCUUCCCCCCCCCCCCAGCUCCGCCACAGCCCCGGCCCCCCCAAAGGGGAGGGGGGGCCCCCGGCUCGGCCGAGCUGCGCCCCGGAUCCCGCCGUGCCGCUCGCCCGCCCGUUAGCCUUUUCCCUCCGCCGCCUCAGGAUUUUCUGUGAAAAUCAUCCGGAUUUGGGGGUUUUGGGGUGUUUUUUUUGUUUUUUUUUUUGUUUGUUUGUUUUUUGUUUUUUGGCGUGCACAUUUGCAUUUCCCCCUCGGCCUUUACCGGGAAAUAGGUUUAGGAUGAAAGCGGAGAGCGGCCGGCCGAGCUCGCCGGGCCCCCAGGGCGGGUGCCGGGGCACCCCGGGGUGCUCGGGGCACGGGGGGGGGGAGGGGGCGAGGCGCCGCUCCCCGAGCC